GUGUUGAGAAGGCCAGUAGUGUUUGUGUUCGGUGCCAAUCUCUGAGUCUCGACUGCAGUCUAAACAGGUCUGCCAUUAAGGAGGCUCAAUAUUUACAAUCACAGUCAUCACCACGCCUUUCUAUUCAACCCACGAGGGAACCUCAAUCACUGCUUCCAGCCACCCUUCGUGACAGCCUCCCUUUUCAUUUGCAAAAAGAACUGGUGACACUGUAUUUCAAUGAGAUCCAUGACACCCACCACUCGAUAUUCCAUCGCCCGACAACGGAGGAAACCAUCGUCCAUGAGAAGCUGCCCAAUGUUCUUCUAUACAGUAUGAUGGCUUUAGGUGCCAGGUUUUCAAACAAUGAGUCUUUUAAAGCGGUUGAUCCACGUCAACGAGGGGAAGAAUUUGCAGCUCGCGCAAGGAAACUACUUGACCUCACAAAUAUCUCAGUAACUACAAUUCAGGCUUGCAUUCUUCUGGGCACGAUCUGCUUUUCGAAAUCCGAAAUGCAAUCGGAAGCCCUAUAUUACUCGAUCGCAGUCCGGUUGGCCCUAAUCUUGGACUUACCUCAUAGGCACUGUGAUGAAGAGGUGGAGAGACAAGUAAAUCUGAGAAUUUGGUGCUCAUUGCACAUGAUGGAUCUCUGGUCCUCCAUAGGCCUGAGUAUACCCCAACAGCUGGAUUUUGUGGAUGGUUCACCUCUUCCGACAAAUGAAGAGACCUUUUUGUCACUGAAGAUUGAGUCAAGGCUCAAUAUUGACACAAAUCGUCGGGGGUUAUGGUCAGAGAUGCUUAUCUUAAGUCGCAUUUGGAGACGAAUCCACCAAGUGAACACAGCUUCAGUUAGCGGCACAAUUAAGCCUAACUCACUUAUUGAAGCGGUCGAUGCUCUAGCACAUGAACUAGAAGCGUGGGCUAGUUCACUAACCCCAAAUCUCCAAGAAAAUUUCGAGAAUCUUGAGCAUUACGCAUCUAUUGGCCUCGGAAAUGCCUUCGUUGCCUUACAUCUUGGGUAUCAUUACUACCAUGAGGUCUUAUUUUACCAAUUCCUCGCAAAAAAUGAUGUUUUGAAUAAUAGCGGUAGGUCCACUGAGAGGUACCAGGCGCAUUGUGAAGAACACGCCUUAGCUUUCUGUGACCUUCUCUAUCAAUGCCGUGCGCUUGAUCGAGACACAUGUCAAUGCCGGUACGUGAUGGUUGGCCAUAUGCUGGUUAUUACUUCUACAAUAUACAUGCAUAGGCUACUUUUCAGUGAGAACGAGGCCACAGUCAGCUUAGUUCGACAGCGUCUAUCUCAGAACUUUGAGAUCUUAACAGACCUGCAAAAAUUCUGGGCUCCGCUGGACGUAGCCUUGUCUCGACUACAGGUUUUUCACAAUGCCUGUAGAAAAUCAAUCGAUGAGUCCUUUAGAAUGGACCAAUGGAUGCUGAAGUUCAUUCUUGAGCAUGGCAGUUCUGUCGUAGAGCGAGCACUGUCCCAAACCAGUGAACCGGAUACAUUGUAUUCCUGGUUCUCGCAAACAUUCCAAGUUUAA